AUGAGCUGAGACGCCAUUACUGCAUGUUAGAUCUCUGCUGAAAAACAAGGAAGUAUCUUGAUGAUUUUAAGAAGAAGCAGUUGAAAAGUUUGGUGAGUCUUGCUGAUGAAAUAAUUAAUUAUAAAAUGGCUGAGAGAGCUCUUUUGGAAAGUUACCUGAGCUGCCAUGUGUGUUCAGAGACUUUCAGAGAUGCAGUGUCUCUGAGCUGCAACCACAGCUUCUGUUCAAGCUGCCUGCAGAAAUUCUGGGAACAAACUGAAAACAAGAACUGUCCCAUCUGUAAGAGAUGGUCAAAGGAAAAUCCAUCCAACAACAUCUCUCUCAAAGAACUUGCUUCAUUUGUUGAGAAGCAGAAUGAAGCUUUAACUGAGAUGGAAAAAGAAAAGCAGAAACAGAAGGAAGUGGUGUGUGAGAAACACUCAGAGGUUCCUUAUUGGUUCUGUGAAGACGAGCAGAGAGCUGUGUGUCCUGUCUGUGAGUUUUCUAUCCACCAGAAUCACAAAGUGGUUCCUAUAGAACAAGCAGUCAGUGAGCUGAAGGAGCAGCUGAAAUCUGACUUAAAGUCUCUGCAGGACAAGAGGAACAAACACAAACAGGUGGAGAAAACAUACGAUGAUGUGAUUCAACACUCCAAGGAUCAGGUGUUGUCCACAGAGAGACAGAUCAGAGCAGAGUUCAACAAGCUCCACCAGUUCCUGAAAGAGGAAGAGGAGUCCAGACUGGCAGCUCUGAGGGAGGAAGAGGAGCAGAAGGGGAAGACUAUCAUCAGAGAGAUGAAGAGGAUUCAGGAGCAGAUCUCCUCUCUGUCAGACAGUAUCUUUGCUGUUGAAGAAGACCUGCAGAAAGACAACAUGUCGUUCCUCAGCAGUUAUAAAGCCACUCAGAGCAGAACCAGAGCCCAGAACUCACUGUCAGAUCCACAGCUGGUCUCAGGAGCUCUGAUAGAUGUGGCCAAACACCUGGGCAACCUGUCCUUCAGAGUCUGGGAGAAGAUGAAGGAGAAGGUCCACUUCAGUCCUGUUAUUCUGGACCCAAACACUGCAAACAGAAGGCUCCAUCUGUCUGAUGAUCUGACCAGUGUGAGACGUGGAGACGCAGAGCAGCAACUUCCUGAUAAUCCAGAGAGAAACACUAAUUACUCAAAUGUUUUUGGUUCUGAGGGCUUCAGCUCAGGGAAUCACAGCUGGGAGGUGGAAGUUGGAGAUCAUCCUGUCUGGAGUGUGGGUUUGGUUAAAGAGUCUGUUAACAGGAAGGGAGAAGCAUUUGCUUCACCAGAAUUUGGAAUCUGGUGUUUAUGGCAUGGUGAUGGAAAAUACGCUGAUUGUGUUGGUAAGACUCUGAUACUGAAGAAGAGUCUUCAGAGGAUCAAAGUCCAGCUGGACUAUAACAGGGGGGAGGUGACCUUCUUUGACUCUGAAGACAUGAGUCACAUCUACACUCACAGAGACACUUUCACUGAGAAACUCUUCUCAUACUUCAAUGUAGGAAAAGCUGCUGAUGCUAAAACUUCUAAUCUGAAAAUCUGUCAAACUAAGAUCUCUUUUUAAAGUUCAAAGUUGUGUUUUUAAUUUAUCUGAAUAUUUUGCAUUUUUAAAUCAGUGUUUCUAUUUUCAGUCAGACCAACUUUCUUUUUAAAUCCUUACUGAACAUCUUUAAUUAUUUUCAAGGUUUUUAAACUUUUAUUUGAAAUUAACAAUAGAAAUGGAUUACUGAAAAAAUAAAUGUAAAAUCAUCACGUCUUGAUAUCAUUUGAGAAGUCUGUUAUUACUUUUGUGAAACCUGUAUAAAAGGAUUUCUUUAUUCAGUGUCUUUUUUAAUGUAAUUUCAAAAUAUAAAAAAAGGCAGUUUGUGUUAAAUUGGAAGAGAAAGGUGAAGGAAUAUUAAAAAUGAGUGAGUUUAAGAGA